GGUUGGGUAAUAAUCUAAAGAACAUAACAGAUGUUAUCUGUGUUUAAUCAAUGGUCUGAUUCCCGCACGUAUGAUUUAGCGCGACUAACUUUCAAGUGUUUUAUUCUCAUCUACUACGCAACAUUUAGAAGUCUUAGGCUGUUGAUAUAAUCUGUAUUUUCCAUUUCUGUGUGAACUAAGAAUUUAUGCCGUUACCAAAAGUAGUGAUUACGUCCCUUUAAUUUGAGAUUUGAACCAGUUUAUCUUGGAUUCGGAUAGACUUCGUAAAAAUGAAUGAAGAAAAGAUAGAAACUGUUAGUGGAGAGCAGGGCGUAGUAAAUGAGGGGUUCGAGACGGAGGUUAUCUCCCCGGCGCCUAAAGACGAAAUUAUCUCACAAGAUUUGUUGACAAAUGGACACGGUGUUAAGAAUAGGAUGAAGGAUGCUGAAGAUGGAGAAAUUAGAAAUGCCCUCAUCAAUGAAGAACGGGUGGUGGUGGAACGCCCUGUAUACACACAACUUGAGUUUGAUAAAGGUUUUACAAGCAUCCAUAGACCAGUAAAGACACCCAAAGUAUGGGCCAAGAAAAAAGUCUCCAAGUUCGAGUGUUCGGGAAAAUGUAUUGGAAAAUUUAUCACCCAAGUUUUUCCCUUUUUGUCAAUUUUAAAGGGUUAUAGUAUUCGUAGCGAUCUUCCUGCUGAUAUUAUUGCUGGAUUAACUGUUGGAAUUAUGCACAUACCACAAGGUAUGGCUUAUGGUCAGCUGUCUACUCUUCCACCCGUUUUUGGGCUUUAUGUCUCAUUUUUUCCUGUUAUCAUUUAUUUCUUCUUUGGUUCAUCUCGUCAUGUCUCUGUUGGAACUUUUGCUGUUGUGAGUUUAAUGGUGGGAACUGUUGUUGAUAAAGGUGUAGCAUCACAAGGUUUAUCACUGGAUGUAAAUCCUAAUAAAACGGGUAAUGGUACUGCAGCAGACACGGCCGUAGAUGACGUUUUAUUACAGACACAACUGGCUUUUGCCAUGGCUGUCACAUUUGCUGUUGGUUGCAUUCAGCUUUUAAUGGGAUUCGUUAGAUUAGGAUUUGUCACAGUUUAUCUUUCGGAUCCUUUAAUAAGUGGUUUUACUACCGGAGCAGCCUGCCAUGUCUUCACCAGUCAAAUCAAACAUAUCUUUGGCGUUGUCAUCAACAGAUAUAAUGGUCCUUUCAAACUUAUAUUUUCUUACAGAGAUUUUUUUAUGAACAUUCCAUCCACAAAUAUCGCUGCAAUAGUUGGCUCGGCUAUCUGUAUAUUGAUACUUGUUUUAGUGAAGGAACUAAUCAACAACAACCCUAGAAUUAAACCUAAAUUAAAGAUGCCAGUACCUGUUGAACUCAUAGUAGUAGUGAUUGGAACCUUGGUAUCAGAAUUUACCAAUCUGAAUAAACUGUUUGAAGUCAAAAUAGUUGGUGAUGUUCCAGUUGGUUUCCCAGUGCCGGCUUUAAAUCAGUUUAGGUUUUUACCCGAUGUAAUAUCAGAUGCUGUUGCUAUAGCCAUUGUUGCUUUUGUUAUUUCCGUUUCCAUGGCAAAGAUUCUAGCGAAAAAACAUGAUUAUGAGAUUGAUCCUAACCAGGAAUUGGUUGCAUAUGGAGCCUGUAAUGUGGUUGGUUCAUUCUUCUCGUCAUUCUGCACAGCUGCAUCUCUUUCAAGAUCUCUAGUACAGGAAGGUGUUGGUGGUAAAACACAGAUAUGUGGAAUGGUAUCAAGUUGUUUACUAGUUGUAGUAUUAUUGGUUAUUGGUCCAUACUUUAAAUCAUUGCCAAAUUUUGUCUUGGCAUCUAUAAUUAUAGUAGCAUUAAAAGGAAUGUUUAAACAGUUCCUCGAUCUCAAGAGACUAUGGAGUAUUUCGAUUAUAGAUUUUGCUGUUUGGUCUGUGAGUUUUCUAGCUACAGUACUAUUAGAUGUCGACUAUGGUUUGAUGGCUGGAGUUGGGUUCGCACUUUUAACUGUGAUAGCAAGGUCACAGAGACCAUAUACAUGUGUGUUAGGUCAGGUAGAUGGUACCGACAUAUAUCGUGAUGUAUCUGUUUAUGAAGCAGUACAUGAAAUAGAGGGUAUAAAAAUAUUCCGAAUUGAUGCCGCCCUGUUCUUCGCCAAUGCUGAGCAUUUUAAAAAUCAAAUAUAUAAAUUAACUGUUGAUCCUAAAAUAGUGAAGAAAAUUAGAAGGAAGAGGGACAAAAUACAGAAGAAAAUAGAAAAACAAGAACAAAUUCAGAAUGGAUCAUCUGAGACAAAGGUAGCUGUUGAAGCCACACCCGAAACAUCUGAUACAGCUGAUCUGGACCUAAAUCUCAAUGGUUAUAAAUCACAAGAUAAUGUACAUUCUAUAAUAAUAGAUUGUUCAACUAUGAGUUAUGUUGAUUCUGUAGGUGUUAAAGUACUAGGACAGAUAAUAAAUGAAUAUAAAACAAUUGACAUCCAAGUUUAUUUAGCACAGUGCAAAGCUGGUAUUCGUGAAAUGUUUGAGAAGACAGAUUUUUAUACGACUAUGUAUAAAGAAUGGUUAUUUGUCAGUAUACAUGAUGCAGUAUUAGCUUGCCGAAAACUUAAUAACAAUUCAUCAUUUGAGAAAAAAUUAAGUGCAUUGACACUACAGGAGAAAGAAUAGAAAGAUAUCAACUGGUAAACAGUGUACAGCACAAACUAUAUUCAUAGUUCUGUUUUUAUGCAUUGGCAACUAUAUUUACAGUAUUUUACCACAUAAACGUUUGUUUGGUACAGAGUAAAACAGUGUACAGCACAAAUUCUAUUCAGGGUUCUCUAUAUCAGUACAUCGAUUACUAUAUUUACCGUAUUUUACCACAUAAAUGUUUGUAAGGUUUAGAGUAAAAUAACUUGUAUUUAGCUAGGUAUACUGAAUCUGAAAUAGAAGGUGGGAAGGAACCUGUAUGGAACCUAUAUUGAAGAUAUUAGAUGUGCCUUAUAGUGUGUAGAUGUAAAAUAGCAUUAUUGGAAUUGUUUAUUAUCGGUCAACACAGGGUUUAGUUCAUAAGCCAAAAUAAAGGGUGAAUUAUGGCUUUGUUCAGACCCUUGUUAAGUUAUUAGUCAAUUCUUCCUAACUGAACAAAUCUAACAAAUAUAUCUUAUAACCACAUUAUAGUUGUUAGAAAAUGUCUUUCAAAAUAUCAUUGUCACAAUUCAGUUUAUUUUACAUUAUAUUUUUUAUUUCUUGAACUACAUUUAAUUUUUUUAUGUUAAAUAUAUUUUAUUCCAUUCAUUUUAAAGCAAAAUGUAUUCAUAUAAUAUCACCAUUAUUGUAAACACGAACACUGGGACCAUUAAAAUUUAAGGUUUGCUUCCAUUUUUAUUUUCAAAUUAAAAUGUCACGUGAUUAGUAGCUAUUUUUAAAUUACAUUUUUUUAUUUAAUCUAUAUCAUUAGCAAUUGAAUAUCAAAAUGUCAAAACCCAUGAACAAAAAACCCAUGAACAAAUAAUAUUGUUAUUAUUUUUUAAAAACCAAUCAUGGCCAUCUAUAAACUUAAGGAAUCUUACUAGCCGCAUCCUUUCUGAAAUACUGUAUUCUUAUAGCUGUAGAUAGCUGCAGAUUGCCAUUUGUAAUUUUCAGACAAUAUCUGUUGGGUUUUUUUGCUGCUUAAUCCAUGAUAUCAACCAUAGAUAAUUCCCCAGCUUGAAUUAACAAAGACCAUAUCCUAUUUUGCAGAAGAUUGUGAACGUUGUUAAAUUUUCAAUUCAUCAGGUCUUUGUAAAUACUGAUUGAACCAUUUUUGUGGACUGAUAUUCAUUGAUGAGAUUUAACUCUAACAUUGUUGUAGUUUGCAAGUGUUUAAAAAUCCCUAAAAUGGAGAUCAUUAACUUUUAAUAAAUAAUGUUUGUUUACAGUAAGUAAAUGACAUUUUCACAGAUAAACAAUAGGCAUUAUGAGAAAUAUGGCUAGUACCUAUCUUAGUAUGAUUCAAGACUAAUUAAUGGCAACAAAUUCCAUUACCACUUUAAGAAAAAAAAUCACACAUUAUGGAUAAUUUUGUUUUAAUGAUUAGGAAAUUUUAGACAUUUUACAACAGUAUUAGUUAAUGAUAGCUUUGAUUUUUAUUAGACAAUCCAUCAAAUUUCUUGAUAAUCAAAGCAUAUUAAAUGAUUUCUUAAUUUCUCUGUAUCAAAGGGAUUGAUUGGUCAGUUGUUCUGAUGUCAACCAAUCACAAUCUGCGAGUAGACAACUGAAAAAAAAUGAAACAAAAUGUUGAUAUUGAAAUUAGAAUGAUUUGUUUCUUGUCCUAUUAAAUAUACAUAUGCAAAUAUAUUUAUAAACCAGAAUCUACCCAUAAACCUCAAAUUUCAUUGCCAAAGGUUAUACCAUAAUCUCAUUUCAGCUAGUAUACCGAAUUCUGACAAAUGCAUCGAAUUUAAGUUUUUAAAUCACUUCAUAUUUUAAAUCAAAUUAACAUUUUUUUGUUUCUGUUGUGUAAAUAUACAUUAAGAACAAUGUUUUAAUCAAAUAUAUGAACAUAUAAUUGAUUUUUAAUAUUUUGUAAUGACAACAAUAUAUUUAAUUGUUGCAUUGUUAUUGUGCAAAGUAUGUUAAUAUUUUCCUUAUUUUUCUAUUAUUUUAAUAAAAAAAAAUGAUAUUAUAUUUUAUAUAUGAAAUGUUAUUUUAUAUUUGAUAAAAUAAGUGCAUUUUAAAAACCAUUAAUUAUAUUUAAUACAUGUCACAUUUAAACCACCUUCUUACAGGCUUAAUCAGGGCUCUAGUUUAAUUAGACAGUCAAACAAUUAAAAGACAGGAUGUAUUGCCAAAAGACAGUGGAUCAAAAUUACUUAAAUUGAAAACAGUGGAUCAAAAUUACUUAAAUUGAAAACAGAUCUUUGAGUUAAAUACAGAAUUAUUUUUUAUCAGUUUGAGGUUUCUGUUUUUUUGGGAAAAAAGUAAAUAAAUAUAAUUAGAGAGACACUGCCCUAACACGUGUAAAAUGUCUGACAAUGAACAUUUUAAAAGUAAGAACCCUGACCAUAGCAUAUAAGAAGAAAAAAGUGGAAAUAAUAGAUUUUCCAUUAAAAAGAGGGUAAAAGUAUAAUAUAAAUAAACUAUUACUUACUUUAGUCUUGGCUUUUAAAAUUUGACACAUGUAAAUUACAGUAUAAUGCAUAGUUCAAUACAGAAAAGAUGGGACAGCCACCUGACCCAUAUUGCAACCCUUAAUGAGGUAUCAUGUAUAUAAAACCACAUAUUAUAUUUCAUUUAUUUUUUACUAAAUUUAGUAACUGUUCUGUACUUAAAUAAAUAUGUUCAUAGAUAAUAAAUUAGUUAUUUUCACAUAU